AUGAGUGGUGUUAACUCUGCAGUUCAUGCCACUCAAAAUACACUGAAAGAAGAUUUGGAACUGAAAAGACCACUAAAGCUCAUUAACAAGCCUCCUAGCAAAAUUAUUCAUACAGAGUCUGGAUACAUUGUUGAUUGCAUUGAUAUCAAGAAGCAGCCAGCUUUUGAGCAUCCUUUACUGAAAAACCAUACCUUGCAGAGAAAACCUAGUUUUCACAUACCAAUGGACAAACCCAUGUUUGGACUUGACAAAGAAGAAUGUCCCACAGGAACGGUUCCUAUCAGGAGAACAACAAAAGAAGAUCUUAUACGAGAAAAAUCACUAUUAAACUACAGUAUCAUGGUUGAAGGUAAUCCUGGUGUGCAUCUUGCAGAAGUAGCUCUUUCAUCAGAAUAUGGUCCCUACUACGGAGUUUUUGGAUGGAAUAGCGUUUAUAAUCCAAGUGUUAGUGGUAGCAAUCAAAUGUCCCUUUCUCAUUUAUGGGUUCAAAAUGGACCAACAAAUACAAUUAACAAAAUCAGUGCUGGAUGGCAUGUAUCUCCGGAAUUGUACGGUGACCAUGACACCCAUGUAUACGCAUCAUGGACGACAGAUAAUUUUCACAAGACUGGAUGUUACAAUAUUCGAUGUUCAGGAUUUGUCCAGACUCAUGAAAAAGGUUUCAUUGGUUCCCGUGUGAAAGAUGUAUCUACUUACGAUGGACCAACUAUUAACUUCAAUAUUUCUAUCAUUCAGGAUUCAUCGACCAAGAAUUGGUGGUUGAUUAUUGGAGGGGUUGAUAUUGGAUAUUUUCCGGCAGCAUUAUUCUCGAAUAUGAGUUCAGCAGAUGAAGUGGGAUGGGGUGGCAGAACCUUAACUCCUCGGGGUUCUCCUAGUCCUCCAAUGGGAUCUGGUCAUUUUCCUGAUAAGACCUUUUCUCAUGCUAGCUUUUUCAGGAUGAUUUCUUUUCAAGAUGCUUCAAGACAAAGUUAUGGACCCUCAGAACAUCAAUUACAGUACUUCAUUGACAAUCCUACGUGCUAUGGUCUUAGUUAUUAUGGUAAUCUCAAAGGAAAUGCUGGAUAUUCCUUCGAGUUUGGAGGACCUGGGGGUAAUUGUGGCGAUUGA